CCGCUCAUCGCAGCGUAUACCUUCCCUGACUCUCAUCACUCCAGCAGCAUUGCUGUGCAAGCAGAUGUUCCCUCUCUGAUGCCAAUUCUUACAAUAUUCGCAUUUGGAGAAGGUAUCCUGUCGCGCGAAGGCUGCAAAGUAACAAGAAAGCAAGCGAAACUGCCUCCCUCCUCGGUUCGUUGAGAGAAAGGGAGACUUGUGAGAGGAUAGGUGUUCUUUUUUGGAGAGAUACAAUACAGUAAACCCGCCGCGGCGAGCAAGGAAGCAGUUUUAUUUACCACACCUGUGAUGCGUUGUUCUGAGCAACGAAGACGCACGAGUGGGAUACUGAUGGCCACGCUACGGCACAAGGAAAUGUGUUGAGGAAAAGACUUGGGCGUUGUGAAGAAAGGCGUAAAGUGCAACAGAGGACACUCUUCGGACCUUUUAGAGCCCAGUGUGCCAGUUUACUGCUCCUCUUCCUGCCUUUUUUGAAACUUAGGUGAUAAAAACCACGAAGAUGCCCUUACUUCUGGGCCCCUUUGUCCGCUGUAGGUUCAGCGCUACGCUCCUUGUGCUUUGGCUCGUGCUUGCUGGCUUCACCUGCACUGGUUCAGAGCACACCGCCACAGCCACACUUCCUGCCGCCUUCACGGACCUGUUACCUAACUUCCUGAUUGAGCCGCAGGACGAGUACAUUGUGAAGAACAAGCCGGUGACACUGACCUGUCGCUCCACCCCGGCCACGCAGAUCUACUUCAAGUGCAACGGCGAGUGGGUUCACCAGGAUGACCAUUUGAUUGAGCGGACUGUUGACCCAGCAACAGCGUUGCCAAUCAUGCAGGUGACAAUUGACAUCACAAGACAGCAGGUGGAGAAGAUCUUCGGUCUGGAUGAGUACUGGUGUCAGUGUGUCGCCUGGAGCACCACCGGAACCCAGAAGAGCCAGAAAGCGUACAUCAGGAUCGCUUACCUGAGGAAGAACUUUGAGGAGGAGCCGCAGGGUAAAGAGGUGGCAUUGGACCAGGAGGUGUUACUGCGCUGCCAUCCCCCCGAGGGAGUGCCAGAAGCUGAGGUGGAGUGGCAGAGAAACGAAGAUGUUCUCAACCCAGCCAGCGACCCCAAUUUUUUCAUCACGACUGACCAUAAUCUCGUCAUCAAAAAAGCCCGGCUGGCGGACACGGGCAACUACACAUGUGUGGCCAAAAAUAUCGUCGCUCGCAGAAAAAGCAACUCAGCCACAGUCCUAGUCUACGUCAACGGCGGCUGGUCCACGUGGACCACCUGGUCAUCCUGCAGUGCUGUGUGUGGGCGUGGCUGGCAGAAGAGGAGUCGGAGCUGCACCAACCCCACGCCACUGAAUGGAGGCACGUCGUGUGAGGGGCAGAACGUCCAGAAAAGUGCCUGCGUGGCCACCUGUCCAGUGGAUGGAGGCUGGAGCGAGUGGAGCAAGUGGUCGGCGUGUGGCGCAGACUGCUCGAUGUGGAGGAGCAGGGAGUGCACUCAGCCCUCGCCUGGCACCGGGGGCAAAGAGUGCCAGGGGCUCGACCUGCAGAGUCUCAACUGUACGAGCGAGCAGUGCCCACAGACUGUGAGCGGAGCUGAGGACGUGGCACUCUACGUGGGCAUGGUGGCAGUGGCUCUGUGCCUGACUCUGCUGCUCAUCGUGGUGGUCAUGGUCUACCGGCGCAAGAAGGAGGGCCUGGAUGCAGACGUGGCCGACUCCUCCAUCCUCACCACUGGCUUCCAGCCCAUGGGCAUCAAGCCCAGCAAGCCAGGUGUGUGGGCACCGCGGCCACGCAGGCCUCCCCCCCACAGCAAGAAUUCCCAUUUGCUUACCAUCCAGCCAGAUCUAACUACAACCACCACCAGUUACCAAGGCACCCUACGGUCCCGCCACGACGCCACUGGGAAGUUUUCGAUGACCAACGGGCCUCUGCUGGACCCACUCCCUAACGGCUCACACACCCUGCACAAUGGAAAACUUAACUCAGACCCUUCUGAGUUUGUGAGCAGACUAACCACUCAGAGCUAUUUUAAAACACUGCCCCGGGACGUAGCAAACACCUCCUAUGGGACCUUCAACUUCCUGGGUGGGAGGCUGACGAUCCCUAACACAGGAAUCAGUCUGCUCAUUCCUCCCGAGGCCAUCCCCAGAGGAAAGAUCUAUGAGAUUUAUCUCACUGUUCAGAGGAAGGAAGAUUUAAGGUUACCUCUGGCCGGCUGCCAGACCCUGCUCAGCCCCGUCGUGAGUUGUGGUCCUCCUGGGGUGGUCCUGAGCCGGCCAGUUAUCCUCAGCAUGGACCACUGCUCUGACGCAUGCCUCGACAACUGGGCCAUUCGCCUCAAGAAGCAGAACUAUGAGGGCGCUUGGGAGGACGUCCUGCUGAUGGGGGAGGAGCUGGUGUCGGAGCCCUAUUACUGCCAGCUCGAGGCCGAGACGUGUCGGCUGUUCUCAGAGCAGCUGGGCACCUUCGCCCUGGUGGGAGAGUCCCUGCACAUGGGCGCUGCCAAGCGCCUGAGGCUGGUGCUCUUCUCGGAUGCUUACUGCUCCACGCUGGAGUACAACAUCAGGGUGUACUGCAUGGACGACACGCAGGACGUCUUCAAGGAGGUGGUGCAGAUGGAGCGGCAGCUCGGGGGUCGGCUGAUUGACGAGCCCCACGUCCUGCUUUUCAAAGACAGCUACCACAACCUGCGCCUGUCCAUCCAUGACAUGCCCCAGGCACACUGGAGGAGCAAGCUGCUAGCCGGCUACCAGGAGAUCCCGUUCUACCACAUCUGGAACGGUUCCCAGCGGUACCUGCACUGCACAUUCACUCUGGAGCGGCUCAGCCUCAGCACCUGCGAGCUCACCUGCCAGCUGUGUGUGUGGCAGGUGGAGGGGGAGGGGCAGAGCUUUAGCCUCGACUUUAACAUUGCCAAGGACACUCGAGCUGUCGACUCAGAGUUUCUGUUAAUGGACAGUAACGCCACAGCUCUGGCGGGGCCAAGCGCCUUUCAGAUCCCGUACCUCAUCAGGCAGAAGAUCUGCAGCAGCCUGGAUGCCCCCUGUCCCAACGGUGCCGACUGGAGAAUGCUAGCACAAAGACUUAAACUCGAGAGACACAUGAUUUUCUUUGCAUCCAAAGCGAGCCCAACCUCUGUGAUCCUGGACCUGUGGGAGUCACAACAUUUCCACAGCGGCAACAUCAACCAGCUGGCCACCGUCAUGGCUGACAUUGGCAAACAGGAAGCCAUGAUAUUCCUGGUCUCUGAUGGCGAGUGCUAACCCAGAAAAGGAGGAGAGACUGUUGGUGCAGAGGAAGAGUACAGAACACAAAAACACACACACACACGCACACACACAAAAAAAAAACAACUGCAGCAGGAAUGGAAGAGCAGAGCUGCCCCAAUGUCCCUCUUCUUCACUUAAUAGAUAGUGAAGGGUUGAUGUAGGAGUGAGUCACUUUUUCCCAACAAAAUCCAGACCAAAUGAGGGGAAAGGUGGGUGUGUGGGGAAAUGUAUCCAUAGCUCAGUAAAGAAAAUACCCUUUAUGUUAAUUUUAAAGAAGUUAAAUUAGUCCACUCCCAGGUUCUAUUUUAAAUGACUCUUUAAUUUAACUUCAUGCCUUUUAUAGAAGUAGCCCACUUAUGGCUAAUAAGAAGCAAUAUGCAAACGUAAUGCUUUUACUGAUGCCCAAUAUCACAAAUUCAAAGAAUAGUUUUUGAAUUUAGAAUAUCAUGUAUUACAUAUGAGAAAAGGGAAGUGAACAAAAUGUGCCAGUCAUUCCAGGAUGAAGAGAAAGGGGCGACAUAUGCAAUCGGCAGGUUGUUUGACGACAUCAUCUCAGACACUGAGCACAUUUUCAACAAAAUCAUUUGGGUCUGUCAAGAUCCCCCUCCUGUCCACUCCACACACGUGCAUCUCAUAUUUGUCCUUAUAUGUUUCAGCACACACACAGAGGGCUUGUAGCAGCACAUCCUGGACCUGCAGGUUUAAAAUAGAUUGUAUGUCAGAGGCCCAAAAAGUUGUUUCAUCUUGUUUGUGUGGUUUUUAGUGCAGCCGGUAUCUGUACUGUGAAUGUUACAUCUUGACAUCUUGAUUCAGCGCGAUGCUUCGCAGCUUUUCCUGCUUCUAAAUCGAUAAAUGUGGGGUUUUGCUUCUUUGAACUUUUUUGAGGGAGGAGUGAGGAGUGAGUAACAUCUUCACUAAAGUCUCAGAAAAGAUGUCUAUGUAAAGCUUGUGAGUUUGUUCUGUCCACUCGUACAUUACCCCCAUCAUCACACAUUGUGGUGUUUCUUUGUGGUUAAUUCUCAGCUAAUGAAGGAGCCAUAGGCCAAAAGGCGUUGCAGCUGCAUAUAUGUGAACAGUGAAUGUUUUGAAAUGAUAUUCUGUCUGGUGACUGGAUUAAUUCUGGAGCAGAGAGAUGUUAGAAAGAAAAGCAAGGCAGAAAAGGUUAUUACUCGAUGAUAAAUAAUGCAGAGCACUUUCCCUCCUGAAGCCUGACAACAAAUUCUUGAAAAUCUUCACCAGAUAACUUGUGUAAAAAGGGUAGCUGUGCAGCCUUGUUUUUUUAUAAUUCAUAGAGCAAUGUUGGUGGGAAUUCUAUAUUUGCUGUGUGGCAAACAUUAUUUCCAUACCAGAGAAAUGCCUGUGUCUCAGUGAAAGUAAGAGUGGCUUAUUCAGAGUGUCACGCCUCUGCUCACAAAAGAUCCUUUGAGAGGUGUUUUUUUUCUAUUUUCUUUUUCCAGCAGAUUUAUGUGCUUAACCACAGACUGCAACCACACAUUUGCUUGUUAUAUUUUGCUACUUUGCAGUAAUUCUCUGUUUUUUUUAUUAUGAAUGGAGCUUUCAGGUCAGGCAAACGAAUACAGAGUAUCUUAAAUGUCCACUGGUUUGGUAAUUAUUCUUUGAAAAGAUGUGAGCAAUCCCAAAUUAGCCAUAGUUCUCUCUCCGUCUGCCUCAGGGUUGCAUGUGAAGUUGUCUGUUAAAGAUGCAAAGAGAGCCCUUUUCUUUUAAUCCCUCCUUCAAACAGCGAGCACGGUCCAUCCUCUCAGCUCCUGUGGCUUCAACCUUUAACACUUUCUGGAGCCUCUUUUAUGAUUGUCAGAUAUUUGGAAUGUACAUUUAUGUUUCCUUGUAGUGGGGAGAAGAAGUGCGUCUUGUGUUGUUUCCUUUUUUAUCUGUACUCUUGUUUUUCUGUGGCAUCUCUGCACCUUUCAUCCUAUGAAACACGCCUCCUCAUGACCAAGUUUUUACAGAACCCUGUGCUAUUUGAUGUAGAGAUGCCAUGAAGUGGAAUUUUACAUUUUUUUAACAAAGUUUAAGGAUCCCUCGGAUCGCGCCCCUUUCUGACUAAAUGACGAUAUCACCUUAAACCAAUCUUUUCUUGUUGAACUCAAUCGUCACAUGAAAUAUGUAAAUACUUUUUCUAAACCAGCUGUGUGCUGUCACUUUGCAUACUGUAUAUCAGCAGAAUUGGUAACCAAAGUUUUAUGAAUAUCAUUUGAGGCCACUCCAUCCUCCAGUUGUAUCCAUUAAUAUUGUUUGAUCAUCUUUUGUAUGCAGCUAGAAUAGAUGAAGUCAGAGUUAAUGUCUCAUUUAAACCAUGGACUCAAAGUCCUAUUCAUUUCUUCAUCAUCACUUUUGUCUUUGAGGCAAGUUAACACUGUUUGUUUAAGUGGUAAUGUGUGUCUGUUUAUUUGAUCACUUUGUAAAGAAAUGUAAAUUAUAUUUUAAUAUAAAGCCAAAAAAAGACACUUAA